CCCGGAGCCCGUAACGCGGAAGCGCGCUGUGAGGAGACGAGAGGGAGGAGGAGGAGAGGCGAGAGAGCGGGCUGAGCGAAGGUCCAGCUUUGGGCCGCCGCCGCGUCGCUCCUCGGGGACCGGGGGCUGAGGCUGUGUGAGGGGCGGGGGGCGCCGCCAACCGCCGCCCCCGACCCUUCCCACCCCAGCCGGGGGAGCCUGCCAUGAAUGUGGACGUGGAGUUCCACAUUCGCCACAACUACCCCUGGGCCCGCCUCCCCGCCAGCGUCAAGCAGGGGCUUGGAAACUCACAGCGAGACUAUGAAAAGCAGGUUGUGCUCUAUAGUAUCCGCAAUCAGCUACGGUACCGAAAUAACUUAGUCAAGCAUGUCAAAAAAGAUGAGCGCAGAUACUACGAGGAACUGUUGAAAUACAGCAGAGAGCACCUCAUGUUGUACCCGUACCACUUGUCUGACAUCAUGGUGAAAGGCUUGAGGAUAACCCCCUUUUCGUACUACACAGGAAUAAUGGAGGAUAUAAUGAACAGUGAAAAAAGCUACGAUUGUUUGCCCAACUUUACUGCUGCAGACUGCCUGAGACUUCUUGGCAUAGGAAGAAACCAGUACAUUGACCUAAUGAACCAGUGUAGAUCAUCCAAAAAAUUCUUCAGAAGGAAAACUGCCCGUGAUCUGCUACCCACGAAGCCAGUUGAGAUUGCAAUAGAGCCAUGGUGGGUGGUACAAGCUGGUUACAUCACAGAGGACGACAUAAAGAUUUGCACUACCUCCGAAAAAUCUGCUAUCGAUAAGAUCAUCGAUUCAGGUCCUCAGCUUGCUGGAUCUCUGGAUUACAAUAUAGUUCACAGCUUAUAUAAUAAAGGCUUUAUUUACCUUGAUGUACCAAUAUCGGACGACAGUUGUAUAGCAGUUCCCCCACUUGAAGGUUUCGUUAUGAACAGAGUGCAGGGUGACUAUUUUGAAACCUUGUUGUACAAGAUAUUUGUUUCAAUAGAUGAACACACAAACGUGGCCGAGCUUGCAAAUGUCCUGGAGAUAGAUCUGUCAUUAGUGAAGAAUGCUGUCUCCAUGUAUUGCCGGUUAGGGUUUGCCCACAAAAAGGGCCAAGUAAUAAAUCUGGACAGUCUUCAUGCAUCAUGGCGGAAUGUCCCAUCAAUAAACAGGCUGAAAACUACUUUGGAUCCACAGAAGAUGCUGCUGUCCUGGGAGAGCUCAGAAAGCAGGAGUCCUGUACAAGAGGCGGGGUCAUCUGCUACAGAUACGGACACAAACAGCCAAGAUGAUCCAGCUGAUACUGCCAGUGUGAGCAGCUUGAGUCUGUCCGGUGGGCACACGAAGCGCAUAGCCUUCCUGUUUGAUUCAACCCUCACUGCCUUUUUAAUGAUGGGGAAUCUCUCACCGAAUUUGAAAAGUCAUGCUGUCACCAUGUUUGAAGUUGGGAAGUUGUCAGAUGAGUCUCUGGACAGUUUCCUUGUAGAACUUGAAAAGGUUCAGAGCACAGGAGAGGGCGAAGCACAAAGAUACUUUGAUCACGCACUUACCCUGCGAAACACUAUACUGUUUCUGAGGCACAAUAAGGACCUAGUGGCUCAAGUUACACAGCCUGAACAACCCAAUAAUGGUUUCCCUCUGGAUUUGCUGCGCUGCGAAAGCUUGCUUGGCUUGGACCCUGCUACCUGCAGCAGAGUUUUGAACAAAAACUACACGCUGCUGGUCUCCAUGGCGCCUCUCACCAACGAAAUCCGACCCAUCAGCAGCUGCACACCCCAGCAUAUUGGACCGGCUAUUCCAGAAGUCAGCUCCGUAUGGUUCAAGCUCUACAUUUAUCACAUUACUGGCCAAGGGCCUCCAUCCCUGUUGUUAUCUAAAGGAACGAGACUCCGAAAACUUCCAGAUAUAUUUCAGGGCUAUGACCGCUUACUAAUAACAUCUUGGGGGCAUGACCCAGGAGUCGUCCCAACUUCCAAUGUGCUCACCAUGCUGAACGAUGCUUUAACCCAUUCUGCUGUUCUGAUUCAGGGACAUGGUAUGCGUGGUAUGGGGGAAACUGUCCAUAUGCCAUUUCCAUUUGAUGAAACAGAACUGCAAGGAGAUUUUUCUCGUCUCAACAUGGGCGUUCACAAAGCGUUGAGGAUAUUAAGGGAAAAGAUGGAUUUGCAGCACUUCUGCGGCUACGUAACCAUGUUGAACCCUUUCAGCCACCACGUGCACAGAAAGCUGAGUGAUGCUUCUGAUGGAAAAGGCGAGCCAGAGCUGGCACUUGGCUCGGAUGUAAAUGGGAGCACGGAAUCAUUUGAAAUGGUCAUUGAAGAGCCACCCAUGGAUUCGGCAGCUAAGCAAAGUCCUGAAGUUCCCACAACAGAGCAGGAGUGGGUCCCCCUGGAAUUGUGCUUUGGAAUUCCACUCUUCAGCUCAGAGUUAAACCGGAAAGUCUGCCGGAAAAUUGCAAGCCACGGACUGUGUAGCAGAGAGAGCCUUCAAAAACUGUUACAUUCCAGCAGAAAACUUUCUCUACAGGUCCUUAGCUUUGUUCAUUCAUUCCAGGAAAGCAUUUCAACUAUGGAAUUACUUUCAGAAGCCAGCUUCUCCUCUUCCUCCUCUUCCACUUCAAGUUUACUUUCCCACCCAUCCUCUGCCGACGCAGGCGUUCCCCUUCCAGCCAAGAACCUGAUGUUCAAGGACGGUACAUUGUCAGAGUGGAACGGGCGGUCUCCUUCCUCUGUCCUUAUUGCAACUGUGCCACCCGAACACCUGAAAUAGCUCAAGGGGUUCGCCCUGGCGUGGUUCACAUUUUGCCUUUUCCUUCCGGGUAACCAACUGCAUUCGACUUACAGUGCCAACCUCCCCGGAAGCGUAAUGCUACCCACAGCAUGACCUCUGCAACGAUAGUGUUAUUAAAGUGUGUAGUGCUGCACUUUUAA